CGUACUCCAUCUCUCCCAUCCAUCAAAACCACCGCAACCUUCUCUGACCGAGCAGCUGCGAGCUCGAGCCCAAGUUCCAAGCUAGAAUCGCGGCGAUGGCACGGUCGGAGCUAGCGAUGGCGUUGCUGGUGGUGGUCCUCGCCGCCGGCUGCUGCGCGUCGGCGGGCGCCGUGGCGUACCUCUCCAAGCUGCCUGUGACCCUCGACGUCACCGCAUCCCCCAGCCCCGGCCAAGUUCUUCACGCCGGCGAGGACGUGAUCACGGUGACGUGGGCCCUGAACGCGAGCCAGCCGGCCGGCAAGGACGCCGACUACAAGAACGUCAAGGUGAGCCUCUGCUACGCGCCGGUGAGCCAGAAGGAGCGCGAGUGGCGCAAGACCCACGACGACCUCAAGAAGGACAAGACCUGCCAGUUCAAGGUCACCCAGCAGGCCUACCCCGGCACCGGCCAGGCCCAGUACCGCGUCGCCCUCGACAUCCCCACCGCCACCUACUACGUGCGCGCCUACGCGCUCGACGCCUCCGGCACCCAGGUCGCCUACGGCCAAACCGCGCCCGCCGCCGCCUUCAACAUCGUCAGCAUCACCGGCGUCACCACCUCCAUCAAGGUCGCCGCCGGUGUAUUCUCCGCCUUCUCCGUCGCCUCCCUCGCCUUCUUCUUCUUCAUUGAGAAACGCAAGAAGAACAACUAGAUGUGGAGAUCGGAACCGUGGCAAAGUGUUCGUCCGUGCGCGACUUCUUCUUGUCCUUUGCAACGUACGCACAAUUGUACUGUACUGUAUGUAAGAGAGUGUUGCUGUUCCCUUUUUCUUUUUCGGAGAGUCUCGUAUAUAAUUGGUUAUGUUGAUAUUGGGAAAAAGGAAAAAAUUUGGUUAUGUUGUAAUAACACCGAUGGGCAUGUCUUUAGGAACAAAAACGGAGAAAACGGAUGAGUUCUUCACAUU